CAGUGCCAUAGUUCGUGUGUGUGACUGGGUUGGGGCCCCUCCUCCUCCUCCUCGCUCCUCGUGCCUCUAAACUCUCUCAGUCACCCGCCAGUCGGUCAGAGAGGAAGAGCGGCCCCGUGCGACUCCUCCCGUAAUGAGCAACAAGUGAAGUGGUGUGUGUUUUAAGACCCCCCUCGGUGUUCGUGUCUCUUAUAUUCAUUUCGAUUGAAACUUAGUAACUCUCCUUUCUAAAGUCAUCAUCCUUCUUUAUCAAACCCCCCCUUUUUUAUAUAUAUUUUGAUUCCCUUUUCUUUUGGGCGCGAGUUAGUUUCGCGUCGGUAGUUCGACGGGGGGGAAAUAGUAAAAAAGAAUAAAAAAAGACCUGCGAUGGGCAGCAGCCGUUUCAAGUUGGGCAUCAAAGUUUGUAGUGACGUCUGCUGCGGGGCGGGCCAAACGUUGGUGCCCUGACGAAAGUUGUUCCUAGUGGGUAUCAUUAGAAGUCGGCCCGAAAGGUGGGAUUACUUUGUGACUAGCGUGGCCCAGGAUAGAUAACCGAUAGAGUGAAUCGUAGCCAAAAUGAUUUAAUCGUUUCUGGUAUAAAGCCGAACAAUUAAAAUAAAAAACGAUCGAAAUAAGGAUAAAAUAAAGAAAAAAAAAAGUUGAUCUUAAUUUUAGAGGAUAUUUCUCUUAAGUGACGUUGGUUUUGCAUCGUUGCUCCUGCUGCUGCAGAAUCUUCUUUGCAAUAGUUGAUCCCUGAACCCCAACAGCUUUAUAUCAGGAAGUCCUCCUCUUCAUUUUGGGAAAAAGUUCAGAGGAAGUGAUGGAAGGAAACGAAACAGCAUCCAUCCUGGAGGAGUGGAAUUAUGAGGAACUGGCGCCCAAGGCUGCCAGUAAUUCCUCCGGGGAUACUCGCCUGUGGGGCCAGCAGCCCGACGAGGUCAACCAGAGGCGGGAGGAAUGCGAGGCCCUUCACGACACCAUGCCCUUGCCCGACCCCGAUUUCGGACCUUACUGCCCACGCACCUUCGACGGGUGGUCAUGCUGGAACGAUACCCCAGCGGGCCACACGGCCUACGUCCCGUGCCCCGAAUUCGUCACUGGGUUUGACCCUAAACGUUUUGGUCACAAAGACUGCGACGAGAAUGGUAUGUGGUUCACUCACCCCACCACGAACCAAACGUGGUCCAAUUACACCACCUGCAUCGACUUCCCAAAUUUACAGCUCCACCAAGGAAUCAACAUGAUCUACAUCGCUGGUUAUUCCAUGUCUCUCAUCGCUCUCUGCAUCUCUCUGUUCAUCUUCUGCUUUUUCAAAUCGCUCAAGUGUAAGAGGGUGACCAUCCACAAGAACCUCUUCGUCAGUUUCAUCAUCAACAACGCCCUGUGGCUGCUGUGGUACGAGUGCGUCGUUGGGAAACCGGAUGUCCUCUUCAGCAAUGGGGUGUUAUGCCAAGUGCUGCACGUGUUCCUCCACUACUUCCUGGUGUCCAACUACUUCUGGAUGUUCUGCGAGGGGCUGUAUCUCCACACCCUGCUGGUGGUGGCCUUCGUGUCCGAAGACCGCAUCAUGAAGUGGUUCUACCUGCUGGGGUGGGGCUUUCCCGGCCUUCUGGACCAUCAUCUACGCCGGAGUCAGAGGAUCCGACGAGGAGCUGAGAGUGCA